UUUUUAUUUAAUUAUAAUUUAAAAGUCAAGAGUGGUCACAUGGGUUGAUAGAAAUAAAUCAAGCUUGGAGACCAUAAUAUAUGUACACUUCCUAAUAUAGUAAAAACUCAAAAAAGUAAAAAAAAAAAUUAUUACAACCUUAAUAGAAAGAUUCUGAUUUUAUUCAGAAAAAGUUGUUUUCAAAUAUUUGAUUUCAUUAUUACUACUCAUUUUCAACUCUUUCUCUCUCUCUCUCUUCUCUUUUGUACUAUACAUACUUUUACAUUUUCUCCUCUUUUACUAGCUGGUAAAAUAUUUUCUUAGAAACCAAACAAAAAGAAAAGAAAAUAUUUUCUUAGUGAUAAGAAAUGGGGAGGUUUUCAAAGCUUAAAAGAGUUGAAGUAGUUGAUGAUAAUGAUGAUGAAGAUUGUCAUGAGUUUUUCAAAGUGUUCAUGCCAACAUUUAGUACUAAGAACAUGUGGAUACCACCAAAGUUUGCUGAAAAAUUCAUGAAGAGAAUUCCAAAGGAAGUGAAAGUAAAAGAUGAGAAUGGAAAAAAUUGGUCAUUUGGGAUGAAAAAGAAAGAAGAAAAAGUGUACAUUGUUAAUGGAAAAUGUCAAUGGGAAGAGUUUGUAAAGGAGCACAAGCUUAAACGUGGAGACUUUUUAGUGUUCAAAUAUUACACUUCCAUUGCUAAUAGCAACUUUUUUCAUGUCAAAAUCUAUGCUUGCAAUGGAUGCAACAAGAAACAACUUCAUCACAAAACCACUAUUACUCAACCAGGUUCAUUUUGUGAGCAUGAUGAAGAUAUUAAACCUACUGAUGAAGAACUUGAAAAAGUUGGAGAAAAUUCUUCAAAUGAAGAAGAAUAUGGUGAUGUUAAAACUAAUACUACAACUCCUCCUAGUAAUAGUAUUAGUAGUAACCUUCACUUUUUGACUAUUAUCAAUGAUAAUACAAGAAAAAAAGUGAAAAUUCCUAGUGGUGUGGUGAGUAAGGUAAAGUUGGAGGAAAAAAUAAUACUUCAUUGUAAGAAUAAUGAGUUGUUUGGAGUUGGAAUAACAUAUGAUAAAGAUGGUCAAGCUUUUAUAUCAAGUAAAUGGAGUCAUUUUCUCAAGAGGAAGAAUCUCAACAACAAUGACAAGUGUUUGUUUGAAUUUCUCAUCAAUCCCAAAUCCAACAUUUGUAGGGAAAUGAAAGUUUAUAUCAUCCAUACAUGGUGAAGAUGGUGAUCAUCACAUAAUAUAUAUACAUAAUAGUACUUUUAUCUCUACUUAAUUAACAUUAUUAUAAUUAUGAUAUUAUUAAUGGGUUUCUUUUGUUAUGUUUAACUAGUGUUUGAAAUGAACUAAGUAUGUAUGAACAUGUUGGAGUACCAAUGACUUUUAAUGAUUAAUGAAAUAUGUAUUAUUAACAUA